UUGGAGGGCCUAAUGACAACUACUACGGAUUACAUGUGACCAUGGAUGUGUACGGCUAUGAGUUAAAACCUGGUCAGCAAACUUCGACUACAAUUUGGGUUGGUCAUAAAGGAGAUGGUGCUACAGCAAGCUUUAAUGAGAUUCAAGUUGGUUGGCAUAUAUAUCCAGAUCACUAUGGCGACUCACAACCUCAUUUCUACACACAAUGGACGAGAGAUGGAUAUGAAGAAACCGGCUGCUUUAACAUGGAUUGUCCUGGAUUCGUACGUGCAAAUGGUGCUAUUGUAGCUCCCGGUGAUGUUAUACAUCCAGUUUCUGAUGUUCCAAGUGGCCGCAUACAAAAGAUCACACUUAGAGUGCUUAAGGACAAAACAAGUGGAGACUGGUGGGUGUACUAUGGCUUCAACAAAAUCCCCACGGGUGUGGGAUACUUCCCAAGAACGAAUGAGAUGAUGGAAAUUGGUUCAGUUGUAGAUGGGGCGAUACUUGAUAAAUGUGUUGAUUGA